AUGGGCACCCAUGACUAUGACACCAUUAAGGGGCCUUUCUUCUACAAUGCGGAGAAGCCAAAGGACAUUCAACUUGCCCCACUUAAUCAAACCAGACAAUAUUUGGCUGAUGAGUUGCUUACUGCUUAUGAGACAAAACCGGAAUAUGCUCACUUAAAGCCUUAUGUGCCAAUCAUCAAAGACAAAGAACUCUACCCUGUGAUUCGUGACAGCAAUGGUGUACUUUGCUCCCUUCCACCAAUCAUAAAUAGCAAUCACUCAAAAAUAUCGCUGAAUACCAAAAAUGUGUUUAUCGAAGUGACGGCCACCGAUUUGCAAAAGGCAACAAUCGUUUUGGAUACGAUUGUCAUCAUGUUCAGUCAAUACUGCAAGAACGAAUUCACUGUCGAGCCUGUGGAAAUCUUUUAUGAAGCAGAUGGCCGAACGGAGGAAUAUCCGGUACAA